AAGACCUUGCGGUGAAGCUCGAUCUGGCCGAGCGAGGUCAAGAUGGGACUGAUAAGAUCCUACAUUUCCAACAUACGCAGAGACGAUCCGCGCCUCCUUCGGAUCCCUCCGUAUCUCUCUGCCCUAUGCAUUCUCGGAGGCAUCAUAUGGAUCCUUCUUCUACCUCUGAAUGAAUACUCGAGGCGGACGUACAUUUCCGAAAACGCCCUAUUGCCCGGCCAGGUUCACACCUACUUUGGUGGAAGUGAGCAGAAUGUCUUUCGAGCGUACCGACACGAGUUGGCGACCGUCCUGGACUCUUCCGCUUCGGAGAGCAAUCACACUUUGACAAGAGAAGAUCAACGAGGACUGGAGGCCGAGACAAGUUCUAAAAUACAAGAGCUGUUCAGGAACGCAGGUCUGAAAACCGCAAAGCAACGCUACUCGUACACCUCGUCGGGCCAGACUUACGAGGGCGAGAAUGUCUAUGCCGUCCUCCAUGCACCCCGGGGAGAUGGUACAGAGGCCAUUGUGAUAGUCGCUGCUUUGAAAAAUAUCGACGGUGCUCCCAACGUCAAUGGAGUCCCUCUUCUCAUCUCUCUGUCAAGAUAUUUCAGAAGAUGGUCACUCUGGUCCAAGGACAUUAUUUUCUUGGUGACGCCAGACAGUUCGGCAGGCCCGCAGGCAUGGAUUGAAGCAUAUCACUCCACGCAUGAUCCCGAGAAGGUGCAAGAUCUUUCGUUGAAGUCAGGUGCUCUCCAGGGAGCUGUCUGUAUAGACUAUCCAUUCGAACAUCGCUUCGAGACGUUCCACAUUGCCUACGACGGAAUCAAUGGAGCGCUUCCUAAUCUGGAUCUGUUCAACACUGCUGUGACCAUCGCUACGGGCCAGAUGGGCAUUGGAACUUCGAUUCAAUUUCAGCAUACAUACACCAAGGCCGACGCACAAGGUGAAUACCCGUCUCGGCUGCAGACACUGGUCCGCGGAAUGUCUUCUCAGGCGCUUGGUCAAGCCACUGGACCUCAUUCCAGUUUCAUGACCUACCACAUUGACGCCAUCACAUUGACGGCCAUUGGAGAAGGCUGGCAAGACGAAAUGGCAUUUGGUAGAACGGUUGAAAGUAUCUGCAGAAGUCUCAACAAUUUGUUGGAAAAACUCCACCAGAGUUUCUUCUUUUACUUGUUGAUGCAGUCCAACCGAUUCGUGAGCAUCGGCACCUAUCUUCCAAGUGCCAUGGCUAUAGGGGCUGCCUACACAAUCAUGGCAAUUUAUCUUUGGGUUCUGAGUGGCUAUCAACUAGUUCAGAAACCAGCGGCGAUUGCGGACGAAAAGUCAAGCACUUCAUCGCCUAGCACGACACCUCCUCAAGACACAAAGACGAAGCUCGAAUUUCUUCCGAAAGACAGACAUCUUGUCCUUCCAAUCGCUUUGGUGGCAGCCGUGUACCUGGCAUCGUUGGUGCCUCUGUACCUACUCACGUCACUCAGCCUUGGGGCUAUCCCAUCGACCUUUUUCCUCCUGACGAUCCUCCUUGUCGUCCUCCCCAUCAUUCUGGCAUCGGCACUGUCAGACACGCACAAUAAUACAACCUUGCCUUCCUUUUCGGCUCCGUCGCAAGAGCAAUAUGUCCUGAUGAGGUCGCUGAACUUGCUAUUGCUCGGUCUCUUCCUCACGGUCCUCGCCACAUUGAACUUUAGUCUCAGCAUGUUCCUCGGUAUUGCAUGUAUACCUUUGGCGUUUGUGGACAGGAGUGCGUCGGGCACUUUUGCUCUGCUUCAAUAUCUCCUUCUAGCUGUGGUGAGUCCGAUGGGGCUUGCGGUCGGGUUGGCCGUAAAUGGUUGGCUUGCGUUUGGACAGACGGAUGUUCUGGUCGAAUGGCUACAAAAACUGGCCUUUGGGUGGAACGUCUGGGGAAGUUGGGGUGUGCCUGUCGGUAUACUGUGCAUCUGGCUGCCGUCGUGGGUGCUCAGCUCGACGCUCGUGGCGAGUUCGUGGUUCAAGAGUGGGGGGUUUACGGUGGCUGUCUCAUCUACAGAGUUGAGGCCGGACUCGAAGAAGGAGCCCAGAUAGUAUACGUAGAUAUGUAUCUUCAAAGACAUUUGCUCGAA